UGCUGGAAUCUCUUGCACUUGUCCCGUAUUGUCAGUGUGGUGAGAUUGAGAGUGGGAUGGGCUAAAAGAGGGAAAUGCCUGUCUCUGUGUGACUCUGUGAUACUUUGUGCAGGAGACACUCCCGUAAAUUCAUCAGGACUAUUCUGACUCCAAAUAUUCCUGGAGCCUCCAAAAACUGUGUCUGGACGCUCCGUUGUUCAUGCCAGCAAAGGUUUCUACGGGGAGUUUGUGGUGUCAGGGUGCCAGUGGAAAGACCCUCGGAGGCAGAAAGAGGAGACGUGAGGACGGGAAACAGUCAGAGGAAGAGGGUUUAAUGUGGGGUACAGGAAGCAUCAACCGAACAGGGGCCGUCCCUACGUUUCUGCGGACCCCCACAGUCAUCCAGCCUCAUCUGGAUAUGAAGCCCUUCCUGCAGUUUCCGAUGGAGACUCCUCCUCCGCACAGCGUUGGGCUCUUCCACAACUUCAACGCGAUGGAUCCUGUUCAGAAGGCAGUGAUCAACCACACCUUUGGAGUCCCACUGGUGAAGACCAAACGGCCAAUCAUUUCCUGUAACGUCUGCCAGAUCCGUUUCAACUCGGAGAGUCAGGCAGAAGCCCACUACAAGGGGAACCGUCAUGCUAGGAGAGUCAAAGGCAUUGAGACCUCCAAGAGCCGCCCACAAGAGAAUGACAAACCUCCUCCCGGGCCCGUCUCAUCCCCCUCACCAACGGGACCCUUGCCUUCCAUCUCAGAUACCGACCCAAGCAAAACAGGUAAAAACGCGCCAGCGCCACAGUUAAAUGGGCCCGCGGUGGCCCCAGGGCCAGCGGCCAUUUCUGCUCCCCCUACCCCAGAGUCCCCCGGCCCUUCCGCCUGUCCUCUUCUGCCCACCCCCACAACCCCUCAACCACCUCCAGCCACAUCCUCAUCUCCCGGCUGUGGCUCUUCUAACCCAGAGCAGGCUGGCACCGGGGCCCCUGGGGCACCAUCAGUCACUUCCAGCAACCCUGAGACCGAAGAGGACAAAGCCAAGAAGCUGCUUUACUGCUCACUGUGCAAAGUGGCCGUCAAUUCGCUCUCCCAGUUGGAGGCCCAUAAUAAAGGCACUAAACACAAAACCAUUCUAGAAGCCCGCAGCGGACUGGGCCCCAUUAAGGCCUACCCUCGUUUGGGUCCGAAGCCCAGCGGGGAGCAGGGAGGCGGGGCCACAGACCCCAAUACUCAGGAACGUACCUUCCACUGUGAGAUCUGCAACGUGCGGGUCAACUCAGAACUGCAGCUCAAACAGCACAUAUCAAGUCGAAGGCACCGGGACGGAGUGGCAGGAAAGCCAAACCCCCUCCUGAGCCGACACAAGAAGCACAGGGGAGCUGACCUUGCGGAUCUCACCAAAGCAUUAGGCGCCGGCCUCCUGCCGAGUCCUCUGGCCGUUGCUGCGGCGAUGGCAGCGGCGGCCUCCUCCAAUCCCCUGGCUCUCCGCGCAGCAGCCCCGGCCCCCCAUCCGCAUCAUCACCUCCUGCAGGGUCCGCCGCUCAGCCACGCCAUUUUGAGACCAGCUCCGGGGCCCAUACGCACCUCACACGGCCCGAUCCUGUUCUCGCCGUACUGACUCCGCCCUCACCCCCCCUUAGCCAAUCACAGCCAGUCCGGAGCCUCACCUCCAAAAGCACACUGUGAAGACGACAAAAUAGCGAAACACCACAGCAAUGACAAGAACCGGCCCAUCGACAGUAACAUCAAUCAUCAAACCAAGCAGAAGGGGGCGCAGCCACGAAGGAGGGUGCGACUGGCGCUCCAACCCUCGUUCCAUCACCCUUAACCACCUCCCUCAUCUCCGUUUGUUCGGAUCGCGUGAUUUAUUCGUUGGUGGAUGAACGAACGAAUGCAGGAAUUGUUGGAAUAGAGCAAUAUCGUAUGCAGAGUGCGUCCUUGUUCCUUCCCUCUAUUUAUACUCAUACUGUGAGGUAGCAGCAGUCACACGGUAGCCAAUCAGUUUCUAGACGCCCCCCAAAACACACGAAAAGACUGCAGUUAAAUGUUGUUCGGAAUAAAUGCACCCUCAACCCUAUGCACCUUGAGAAACCUACAGAAACCAUCAGUACGCUUCUCGUAGUAUUCGCUGUAGUCAACUCGUCCUGUCUGGCUUUUGGCAUCUUUGCAAGAGGAAAACGCCCCAAUCGGCGUCGCAGACAAGGGGAUUGUGGGUGGAAGGUCUGAGGAUGCCGUCACUUUCCCAAUUCUGGCUCGCAUACAGUCGCGUCUCUCUAGGGAAACGGAAGGGACACUCUUUCGUGUCGCUUUGACAUCCGUUUGCGCUAGGAGCGGUUGACUGAAUAAACCCCAGACCCCUGUCUUAGAUCUUAGAAAAUCAGUAGACGUCUAUUUAUUCUAUUGUGUAGCGUAGUUUAGUUCAGAACAUCCAAGCCGGUCGAUUUUAGAAUUACUCUGAAAGUGAAAUAUGUACGUAGAGGAUGAUGUAACUGCUGAAAUAAGAUGGACGGGUACUUUGAUUCUCAGAGAAAGGCAACAAACCUAAGCACACACUUGGACUUACAGUACAUACAGGCUCCUCUGUUCAUUCUGUCUCUGUAUGUUCGGUGGACAUUAUGCAACCCCAAGCAAUACGGCCCCCCUUCUGUCCGACUUCCGCGUUCAAGUCUCACGAGACGGCCUGCAUCCCGCAAGGACUGACAUACCAGGUCAGCCACUCCGGCGGACACCCACGAGAGUCUAGAAAAAAAACGAACAGAGAGAAGACGCAGAGGAGGUCACAGAGGACACGACUGUGCAAUCUCCCCUUUUUUUGGUAUGAACUUCCUGUCUUGAAUCUAAAGCCAUGCAAUGCAUAUUAUUUUUGUUCUUUUAUUAUGAUCAAUUAAUUGUUUUGAUGUCGUUUUUUUUUUUUUUUUUCGGUUCGUUUUCAUAGCACACUGUUACGUUGAACAAAUAUCGUUGUGGAAAUUCUAAAAAAAAAAACAAAAAAAAAAAUAUCAUUGAGCAAAAGAAAAAAAACAAAAACAGGAAUAUUUUUGUAUGGAAGAUUGAAAACCUGCACUCGGGUGGGAUCUACAUGUAGAAUCGUGUUUGGAGGAAGUAAAGUAUAAGCAUAAACAUCAAACUAGGGCCUGUCGUGGAGAUACGCGACAGUUCACUGAUGAGCAAAGUGCGACAAUGUCUUACUUUUGUUUAGAUAUUGCAAUGCAAUAAGCAAUUGUCAUUUGUUGUAGAAGAGAAUUUAUAAAUGGUAUGGCUGCUAAAAGGCCUCCACGUUCUUCCACAGAGAUAAACUAGCCUUUUUAGUACAAAAGCUGGGUGUUUAAAGCAAGAAAGGGGCACCCACAGGGACGGGCCCUUCAUAUUAAAGGGUCUUUUCUCAUCUCUGACUGGGGGACAGGGUAUAUCUGAACGCAAACAAUGUGUAGUCAGCCAUAGCCUAUGCGUAUGUAGCUUAGUUCACUCUUUUGUUUGUUCGUGGCAUUGUUUGCAUUGUGUGGGAAACGUCAUGAUAAUGCCAUUACUUCCUGCUAACCACGGUUAGCGUCCACCAUUGUGCUUUGAUGGAACGUUACCUCCAUUAGUUACGAGGCACUGUUACGGGUGCUGUAGUUUCACGUCGGUGUGUAUCGUGUAGUGUCAUGUGUGUACGGAUAAAAUCCGGUUCUGCGAAACCUGACAGAAUCUGGCUUAAGGGAUAGUUCACCCAAAAAUGAAAUUUUUCUCGUCAUUUACUCACCCUCAUGUCAUUUCAAACCUUCGAUGGGACAGGUCAGAGGAGGAGAUAUUUCCGAAUAUCCAGAAAAACACCAGAAAAAAGCACUAAAGAUCUGAAGAAAUUAGGAUUUAAAUCAUACUUGAAAAAUCUCUAGUUCAUCAUUAGUGCAAAUACAAGGAUUUGUUUAUUUUUGGUGAUAAGCGCCACCUUAUUAAGAGAGUGAAUUAGCUUUUUUCAUUCAAUCUACCUUCUGUUUGGUUUUGUUUUUUUCAUUUCUGCUGCUUUUAUUUUUCCGCAAUCAACUCGUGUUAAAAUUGCAUCAUUUAAGCUCUAAAAUUGUUCAAAUAAUAGUUUUUACAGUCACUUUACAAGCUGUUUAGGAUGCUACCAAAACAUGUAUUUUCCGAGUAAUUUUCAACUUUUUUAUUUUAAGAAAAUUCCAUGACCAAGCAUAUCGAUUCUUUAAAAAGAUCCAUACUUUUGUGUUCUGUGGAAGUAAAAUAAUCAAAUAGCAGCAUAUGGGUUUGGAACUACACAAGGGUGAGUGUAAAAUAAUAAAAAAAAUUUUUGCGGUGACCCAUUCCUUUAAAACUGCACAUUUGCAAUCAGCUGUUUCUAUCCCAAACGUAAUCAUUAAAACAAUCAGUGGACGGUGUUUGCGGCUGAUUUCAGAUGAGCAUUUUGGGGUAACACUAUGCGCGCUGACACAUGCUGUAGUUUGAAACCAGGUGUCCAGUGCCCCAUUGAAACCACGUGAGGUGAUAAAGCCAUCACAGCUAACACACUCCACAGGCUCGAGACGAACUCGCUUAGUCCCAUCCGUCAACACUGUAAUGACCGCGUUCAUCCUGUAGUCAGAAUAAUGUCAUCACUGUACAGAAUUGUCUUUGGUAGAUUUAUUCAACCUUUCAGGGCAGGUGUAAUGUUAGUUGGUGAAGUCUAUUUUAGCCUUAGCCUUAUUCCACCCCAGGCCUCUCCAGGAGCGGACGCGGAUGGAGAAGCUUCGGUCAAACCUCGUCUUGCCAAUAAAUUUAUUUUUGAAUUGAGUUGUCAGAUGGGAAAACAGUAUGUGUGAUGGAGCGUAGCAAUAUUCAACUCAUACUGGCUACUCUUGUUUAUUGCAAUAAGGAAAACAACCAAUAGAUGCAUAUGUGAGUAAAAUAUUAUAGAUGUAAUUUAAAUCAAACGCAGAAAAUUAUGGAAAUACUUGGUAUCAGAGAAACUUGGAGUUACCACAGGGAAAAAAAGAGGAAAAAAAAUCAAUGUCUAUAAAUCAAUAAAGAAUAUUAAAACUCA